UUUCUCUGUAAAUGCUCAUGCACAAUGUGCCUUGGUGCCCUUUGUCGUGCUUCUCUCCUUCAAUCGACUCUUCGACGGCGUGAUUUUCACUACUGUCCGAUUUGGUUUCAUACUUCCGUGAUUUGCUUGCUCGCUUAGGCUUUGAUUGGCAGGAUUCAGUAAUACCUAAUUUAGGGUUUAGGGGAAGAUAUUGGAUUUGGUGGUGCAGUAAUAGGUGUUUGGAUUGAAUAUACUCAGGAGAUGGAAGUUGCUGCUAGUAUUGGACCGCAGAUGGCUUCAAAAAUUGCUGAGGUCAUUAAGAUUAGGUCCAUUGGUGUUUUCAGAACUGAAAUCAAAGAACUUGAUCAAGUAUACAAGAUGAUUUCUAGCAAUGCUGUUGCUGAAUUGGAUGAGGAACAAGAUGAUGUUGAUGAGCAAAAGAAGGGGAAUGUAUGCAGUCACUUCGAGAUAGUGAAGCUGUUCGAAACACUCUUGGAUUUGAAAUUAGCAUAUGUUAGGCUACAAGAAGCGCACGUUCCUUACGACCCUGAAAAAAUCAGAGCUGCCGAUGAAGAUGUGGUGUCGCGGUUCGAGAUGCUCUGCAAGAUCAAGAAGACUUACAAGGAGAAGCUAUUGAAGGAAGGUGAUUAUGAUUCGGCGAUUUUGAUUGCAGAAGUUAAGUUGAAAGAGAGGACACUCAAGAAGAUGAAGUCUUACGCCAAAUUUAAGGAGAAUACGGCGAAGAAAUUGCACCGGGAGCUUUGUGAAUUGGAAAAAUGGAAUAGAAUCUUGGCGGAAGACAUAAGAACGCGAGAGAGGGAAAGGGUACUCAAAAGUUUAAAUCACAAGUCCUUCGAGAAUGUCGUUCAGAGUGUUGGAAAGGCGAUUCACGACUUUGUAAAGCUGUUGAUCACUUUGAUGAAGGUUUCUGGUUGGGAUCUAGACGAGGCUGCUGAUGCGAUACAAACAUCCGUCGCGUACGCAAAGAGGUCCCACAAAAAAUUCGCGUUCGAAGCUUAUGUUGCGCGAAGAAUGUUUCAAGGCUUUGCUACGCCGCAGGCUUGUUUCUUCGAGAAUGUUAUGAAAUCGGAUGAUCCUAUUCUUGCUUUGAUGGAAGAUCCGCGAUCGUGCUUCGCAAAGUUCUGCUGCACAAAAUAUCUUUCGGUGGUUCAUCCCGAGAUGGAAAUGUCUUUCUUCGGUAAUUUGGACCAUAGGAACUCCGUGGCGAACGGGAUUCAUCCAUUUACUUCAUAUUAUCGCGCAUUUGUCACGAUGGCGAGAUGUGUUUGGUAUUUGCAAGGAUUUAGCAGUUGUGUCGAGCCUAAAGUUGAGAUGUUCGGUGUGAAGGAAGGUAGCGAGUUCUUAGGGGAUCAUAUGGAGGUCGUUGAGGAACUUAAAGAGUAUAAAUUGGCGAUGGACGAGAAGUAUGAAGGAUGCAAGGUUGAGUUUUUUGUUAUGCCGGGUUUUGUGAUAAGGGAGAAUUUAGUACGUUCUCGGGUGUACAUUUCUAAACUCGUUGUCUAGGCGACGUUGUAGCCGUAGAUUGAUGAUUGAAUUAAGCGGCGUGCGCGACAAAUUGCAGUCGAGUUGUCGGAGUGAUUUCUUGUUUAUAGAAGAUGCCAUAUGUGCUUUGUUGUUCGAUUACAUUAGCUAUGUGUUGUAGUUUAAGGCGUUGAAUGUUAUAUGUAUGUAUUUUUGGUUGUGUUGAGGUUCCUAGUUUUGGGAUGCAUGUGUGAUUUGUAUUGUAGGAAAGGAUUUAUGAUGUUGAUUUGAAUUA